AUGUCGAACGAAAAUAUUGCCGCACCUCCCCUGCCGUCACCGAAAACCACGAAACCCGUGAGCGAAGCGCUGCUCAAUGAGAAGUGGGACCGCGCUCUCUCCUCUUUAGUCAUUCGAUCCGGUCUUGGAUUCUCUUUCGGUGUUAUCUUCUCAGUACUUCUGUUCAAGCGGAGAGCAUGGCCCGUGUGGCUGGGUACCGGCUUCGGUGCAGGACGAGCUUGGGAGGAAGCGGACGCCAAUUUCAAGCGUGGUGACCGACCGUUCAGCACAGAUGGGCUACGAAAAGUGAGGACGGAGAGAUAA